AUGCAGACGACGCUGGUGGUGCCGACGCCUGCGCCGGCCUCUCUCGCCCCGGCCGCCACGCCGCGCACAGCGCCCUGGCUGGCUACCGAGCUGCCGUCCACGCCGCUGACCUUUGACGCUUCGGCGCGGGCAUACGUCGCCGACGUCACCGUCAGCUCUCCGGGUGUGCAUCGCUACAAGGUGGUUAUGCCGCGCGCAAAGACCGGCUCUUGCCCCGUCUCGGCCGAGCACGCCCUUGUCGUCGUCCUGCCGGCCUCGCCGCCGCGAGCCAUCGCCACUGUCCUCGCAAAGUGCAUGGGCCCGCUCGACCGCUGGGAAGAGGUCCUUGCUCCGGCUCAGACCGGAGGAUACUCGACCAUCCACUUUACGCCUGUUCAGGCCCUCGGCGACUCGGGAUCGGCCUACGCCAUCGCCGACCAGCUCUCCCCAGCGCCGGCCAUCGGCUCGUGGGAUGCACUCGCCGCCGCGGCAGACUCGCUGCGCGCCAGACUCGGCCUUGAACUAGUCGUUGAUGUUGUGUGGAACCACACCGCAGCGUCGUCGCAGUGGAUCCGCGACAAUCCAGACGUCUGCUACUCGCUCGCCAACUCGCCGCACCUCAUCCCUGCCUUUGUACUCGAUGAUGCUAUCGCGCGAUUCUCGAGCACCUGCCCGCCCUCACUGGCUACGCCUGCAUCCGAUGCUGACGUUGACGCCGUUCUCGACGCCUUUCGCAGCUCGACAUUUGCCGAGCUACGGCUGUGGGAGUACUUUGUGAUCGACGUUGACGGCAUCGUCGCCGAGGCCCACGCCUUCUGGGCCAUGCACCCGUACGCGGCAGUGGCGCCAGCACUUGCGCACCUCUCGGUCGACGAGCGAGUUGCCCACAUUUGCGCGUCCCCGUCAGGCAUCACCCGUAUUCCAGGCGCCCGCUUUCCGCUCCGGCCCCACCUUCCUCUCCUGCUGACAGCCUUUGGCGAUGAGGCCUCGCUGCGCGCGGCGUGCGACCUCAUCAAUCUUCCACACUACCGCGAGUACGACGAGCAUGUGGCGGCCGCGUUCGCUGCGCUCCGCGGCACGCUGGCUUGGGAGCGGCUUGGCAACGGGCCGCGCGCUGGAGUCUCGAUUUCGGCCGACGCGCCGCUUGCUCCGUCGUACUUUACCCGGCUCGUUGACGAUGCUUCGGCCGAGGCCACACCGCAGUACAUUGUGGCCAACAACGGAUGGGUCGGCGCCGAUCCGACAGUCGACUUUGCGGGCCCGGCCUCGUUCGACUACCUCCGCCGCGCCGUCAACAUCUGGGGCGAUCUCGUCAAGCUGCGGUACGGUUCGGGACCGGCCGACUCACCAGCUGCGUGGAAGCAGAUGGUUGCGUACACCGAGACCAUGGCGAGCAUUUUUGACGGCUUUCGCAUCGACAACGCCCACUCGACACCGAUGCACGUUGCCGAGGCGCUGCUCGAUGCUGCACGCGCCAUCCGUCCCAACCUCUACGUCAUGGCUGAGCUCUUUACCCCGAGCGCUGAGCGUGACGCGGAGUAUGUAGCGCAUCUCGGCAUCCACAACCUCAUCCGCGAGGGCCUUCAUGUCACCUCGCCGCGGGCUCUCGCCGACUUUCUGUACACCUACUCGGGCGCGCGGCUUCCGGUGGCAGCGCUAUCGCGGGAGCUCGCAGGAGUCCCACCGCACGUCCCGCGUCACAAGCCGGGCGCCAUCGUUUACGAGGCGACACACGACAAUCCGGCUGUGGCGGAGCUCUUUCCGAUAGAGCAUGCUCUCGGCCUCGCGGCGCUCAUCGGUCUGACCGCCUCAGACACGGGCUCCAACUGGGGCUACGACUGGCUUGUCCCGCACCACCUCAACGUAGUCACUGAAGCGCGGCUGUACCCGGUGCCGAACUCAGGCGCCUUUAUCUUUACGCCGCUCAAGGCCGCCAUCCACGACCUUGCAGCCGUCGCCGCCGCCGGUGCGUACUCAGAGUUCCACGUCGAGGCCUGCGGUGACGUCAUCGUCCUCACUCGCGCCAACGCCGAGAGCCAGGACGGCAUUGUCGUUGUGGUCCGCUGUGCGCUAGCCCCGGCCCGCUCCACCGAGUCGAUCACGCUCCCGGGGCCAAUCACCAGGCUUGCCUUUGCGGCAAGCCUUGAGCUUGACGAGGCUGUUGCGUCGAGCUUUACGCAGGAUGACGACUAUAUCAAUGGGCUUUCGGGCGCCAAGCUCACGCUUUGGCGCGACCACGCUUUUGUGUACACAUCGGGCACCUGGGAGCCACCAUUGCCACAGCAGGGUCUCUUCGGUUACGACCGAGCGUCGAGCGAGCUCGAUCUGCGGCUGCUGCCUGUCGGCGGAGUACUGGCAUUCACGACGUCGGCGUGGGCGCCCGGCAGCGCGGCCGCUCUUGGCGCGGCGUGGCUGGCCGAGCACGUCGAUGGAGACGAGCAUCCGAGCCUGACGCGCGCUGUGGAAGAGUGCAACGGGCUUGCCAUCAACGUGGCGCUGUACCGGUGCGAGGCUGAGGAGCAGAACGCAGUCGGGCGAGGGGUGUACCACGUGCCGGGCGCUGGGCCGCUUGUCUACGCCGGCCUGCAAGGCUUUGAUGAUCCACUGCGGGCGGCUGCGGUGGCAUCCGACAUGGGCGCACCGGUGUGUGCAAACUUGCGUGCCGGCGGGUGGGCGCUGCAGUACUCGCUGGACCGGCUCGAUGUGUACUUGUCCAAGUUUGGCGAGGUGCUGCACGGCCUUGCAGCCUUCCGAGAGUGGCUGGGCAAGGCAGUUGGCCACGUCCUCGCGCUGCCUGCCGUUUUUGUCCCUCGCUACUUUUUCGCCGUGGUCCGUGCGGCGGUCGACGCGCUGACUGCGCGCGCACUCGCGCUCUGCCCCAACCUGCCUCCAAGCGCAAGCACGCUGACGCAGCGACUGGCAAUGACCUCGUUCCAGGUCUUUGGGCCAACGGCCGAGGUCCCGACAGGCUCGCUCGCCGCAGGCCUCCCGCACUUCUCGGCCGGCUUUAUGCGCGAGUGGGGCCGCGACACCUUUAUCGCGCUCCGUGGCCUGUUCCUCGUCACUGGGCGCGUAGCCGACGCCGAGAAGCUGCUCAUCAACUUUGCAAGGACUCCGCGUUACAACGCGCGCGACGCCUCGUGGUGGUUCCUACACGCCCUCGUCGAUUACGAUGCACUUGGCGGCGACGGCGCUCGUGCCUUUCUCACGAAUCCGCACGCGGUUGUGCUUGACGCGCCAUGGGACGAGAGCAGGCCAGUGGUAUCGCUCGUCGACGUCGCUGCCCACAUUCUGGAAGCGCACCUGGCUGGCAUCCAGUUCCGCGAGACAAACGCCGGCGGAGAGCUCGAUGCGCACAUGUCGGACGCCGGCUUCAACGUCUCAGCCGGCGUUGCGCCUGCUACUGGUUUUGUGCACGGCGGCUCGGCUGCCAACUGUGGGACGUGGAUGGACAAGAUGGGCUCGUCGUCGCGGGCAGGCAACGCCGGAGUGCCAGCCACCCCGCGUGACGGCUCGGCCAUCGAGUUGGUUGCUCUCUGCGCCGCGGUCCUGCGAUGGCUGGCAAAGACCGGGCUGGUAGCCAGUCUAGCACUGCCUAGCGAUGAAGCGGCCGCAGCCUGGGGCUUGAGCUCCUGCGCGCUCACACCAGCAGCUUGGUACGAGCGUAUCGCGAGCAAUUUUGAGCCUGCGUUCUACAUACCGCUCAAGCCUGCGGCGGGCGAUGGCCCCGGCUGCUGGGCAGUGACGACCGGAGUAUACAAGGACUGCGUCGGGGCGAGCCACGGGUGGACCGACUGGCAGCUGCGGCCCAAUUGUGCGGUGGCGUUGGCAGUUGCGCCAGAGUUGUUUGAUGCCGACCACGCCAAGGCGUGCCUGCGGACGCUCACCGACACGCUCGUCGGCACGCUCGGGAUGAGGACGCUCGAUCCGCGAGAUCCACACUAUGCGCCGGUCUACGACAACUCAACUGACUCGGACGCAUACGCCACUGCCGCCGGCUUCAACUACCACCAGGGCCCCGAGUGGGUCUGGCCGCUCGGCUACCUCCUCCGUGCCCUCGCCGUGUUCUUUGGGAGCGAGCUCGACGUGGGCGCCUCGAUCGACUCGAUCCUUCAUCCGCACGCCGAGCACCUGGAGACCGAUGUUUGGCACGGCAUGCCCGAGCUUGUCAAUCCUGACGGCGCCGAGUGUCCGUUCUCUUGCCCAACCCAGGCCUGGUCAUCGGCGACCCUCCUCGAUGCGCUGCAUGUCCGCGGCCUGUAG